UGGGGAUUUCUAUCGCAAAGAUAACUUUUCAAUCUUCUGCCAAACUGAUAAUUAGAAUAGAAUGAAAAUGAAAUUUAUAUUUUUGAUUUGUGAUAAAUGUUUUUUAAAACUGAAGGCAAAUUAGAUUUAUGUAGUUUGAAUACGGCUUAUUUUAAAGCAAACAGGAUAUAGAAAUUCAUUUUGUUUAAACGGCAGUAUCCGCCAUAUGAAUAUCUUUAUAAUUGUAUGACGAUUAACACUCGUUAAAGAAAAAUCCUUCACUGUUACAUUCUCUACGGAUAAAUAAAUUACGAUAUAAUAAAUGCUGAAAGGAAUAAUAAUUAUUUUUAUUUUCGAUAAUGAGUCAUCUCUCUUCCCAUAAGUCUGUACUGUACGUUCGGAAAGAUGGCGGCCACUAAUACGAAUUUAACAGGAAAGUUUAAUAUUAGAAGAUGAAGUUUCAUUUUAGAUUGAUAGAGAAAUUAUCAAGUAUGGAUAUUUAUUGUCAAAAAUACAAUGAUACCAGUGUUCAGUAUUAUUAAUUGACGUCAAAAACUAUAUCAAUGGAUGACAAGAGAGUAGCAGAUUAUUUUGUGAUUGCUGGACUUCCGGACAAUCCGUCACCAUUAGAAGAAUUUUCACGAGAUAACAAUACAAAAACAACCAAUUCAUUACUACCUAUUACAGAUAUAACUGUAAUUAUUAGAAGUCAAGGUGAAGUAGUUCCUGAAGGCUUUAAAUGUAUUGAAACUACUCCAUUAGGUUUUCCAGCAGAUUUAAAUCAUGGAAGUCUUCGUUCGCCAAGUAUUUAUUUAUGUUAUAAAAGAGGGAGAGAAAAACCGCCUUUAGUGGAUAUUGGUGCUGCUGGGGACAACUUCUGUGCCCAUGGCCUAAGUACAUCUCUGCAAUGGCACGGCACUCAGUCAACUAAUGCUUUACUUGCUUGGGGUCUGGGUGGUGCAACUUUAAGUGCAUCUCAUGCUAUACUUGGUCGUUUUCCUCUGGAAGAUUAUCAGACGUUUCAUUUACCUGCAUCUGUUCCAUUAUUUUGUCUUCCUAUGGGAGCUACUAUUGAAUGUUGGUCAAGAGCAGCGAAACAACCAACUCCUGUUAUUUCAACUUUUGUUUUAACUUCAGAUACAGCUGAGAAAGUUUAUGGUGCAGCUGUUACUUUUUAUGAAAGGUAUCCUGAAAGUAAAUUAUCUUUAGCUAAUAAGUCUCAACUGGGUUAUGUGACUGAAGAAGAUAGAAGAAAGAAGUCCCUCCAUACUAAUAAGUCCAUAUGCAUUUUAUCAAGAUGGCCUUUUUUUGAUACAUUUAAGAAAUUUCUUCUGUACUUGUAUAGAAUGUCUCAUUCUGGUUCACACAAAAUUAAUUCAAAUAAUAUAGAGAAAAAUANUAUGUCUGAUAGUGAAGUAGUUUUGUCAACUUUUUAUGGUUGUCCUGCAAAUGUAAAUAACAGCGGUUCAAGGACUUUUCUUACAUAUCGAAGGGCCAUGGAACAUGCUCCCUGUAAUCAGUUGGUUGUCACUGAUAUUUGUGUUAUAUUAACAAACAAGGGAGAAACUCCACCACAUGCAUUUUGUAAAAUAAGUAAAAAUUUAAACAAGGGUGUGAUGGGCUCUGAUGUAUUUUUAUGUUAUAAGAAAUCAAUGAACAGACCUGAUUUGAUUUGUUUUAAACCUGCUAUACUUGGUCGUUUUCCUCUGGAAGAUUAUCAGACGUUUCAUUUACCUGCAUCUGUUCCAUUAUUUUGUCUUCCUAUGGGAGCUACUAUUGAAUGUUGGUCAAGAGCAGCGAAACAACCAACUCCUGUUAUUUCAACUUUUGUUUUAACUUCAGAUACAGCUGAGAAAGUUUAUGGUGCAGCUGUUACUUUUUAUGAAAGGUAUCCUGAAAGUAAAUUAUCUUUAGCUAAUAAGUCUCAACUGGGUUAUGUGACUGAAGAAGAUAGAAGAAAGAAGUCCCUCCAUACUAAUAAGUCCAUAUGCAUUUUAUCAAGAUGGCCUUUUUUUGAUACAUUUAAGAAAUUUCUUCUGUACUUGUAUAGAAUGUCUCAUUCUGGUUCACACAAAGUACCAUUAGAAAGAUAUAUAUCACAUUUUAUGUUGGAUGUUCCAUUUCCGUCCCCACAGAGGCCAAGGAUACUCAUUCAGUUGGCUGAUGACACAAUUUCUCUGGCACAACCAGAAGACAGUCCACUUCCAUUGAGUGGUGCCUCAUUUAUUCAACUGCUGAAGAAUCUUGGAUCAGAUAAUUGCUUAAAUGUUCUUCUAUUUGCUUUGACAGAACAAAAAAUUUUAUUUCAUUCACUUCGUCCAGAUGUUUUAACUAGUGUUGCUGAAGCAGUUGUAUCGCUAAUAUUUCCUUUUCAUUGGCAAUGUCCUUACAUACCACUUUGUCCUCUUGGUCUCUCAGAUGUAUUAAAUGCCCCUGUGCCAUUUAUUGUAGGUGUUGAUUCUAGAUAUUUUGAUCUUUAUGAACCACCACAUGAUGUUGCCUGUGUUGAUCUGGAUACAAAUUCAAUAUAUCUGUGAGUUUUGUAGUGUUAAAUUGUUUUUAUAAUUUUUAUCAACUCUGCUUUUCUAGUAAUUUUACAAAAUUUAUAUGUAUUAUUUAUUUAUUUUUAUAAUAACUGUAAAUA